AUGCCGCCGCCGCCGCCGCCGCCACCGCCGCCGCCGCCGCCGCUCCCUCCUCCGCCCGCCCCGCUCAGGCCGGGGGGGCGGGGGCGCUGGGGGCGCGCGGGGGGGGCGCGGGGGCGCCGGCCCUCACCCCCACCCCCGGCCUGCACCGGCCGCGCCAGCAGCCGCUGCCGCCGAGCCGCCUGCGCAGGCCGCCGGCGCCCCCGCCGCCCUCUGCCCGCCCCUCGGGCCGGCCUCGCCGUGCGGCCCGCGAGCUCGGGGCCUCGGCCUCGGCCUCCGCGCUGCCGGCCUCCGCGCGGCACACAAAGCCGGCCGGUCCAGGGGCGCGCCCGUCCGCCAGCCUCAGGGCCGUGGCGCACCCGCCCCCCAAACUUUCCCGCGCCGCGCCCUGCCCUCCCCGCGCCCCCGCGCCCGCCCCCCGUCUCCCUUCUGCCCUCCCCCAGUCCUCCAGCCCCUUGGAAAUGUCAUUUUCACACUGGAAAAAAGUUCGGGGAGCCGGCGGAACGCAAGAGGUUAAUGGGAAUUCAGUACCCUGCUAGGGGCGGGCGGCCGGCGUGGCUGGGCGCGGUCAGGCCGGAUCCGGCCCUGGCCUGCGCGCUGUGCAGCCGCCUGCUCUCCUUCCUGCUGCAGAUGUACGCGCUGCUGCCUGCCGAGCACGCCUUCCACCGUGGCAUCUUUCUCUUCUACUGCCGUGAGCCGCCGUGCUGUGCCGGCCUGCGAGUUUUUAGGAAUCAGCUACCCAGGAAAAAUGAUUUUUACGCAUAUGAGCCACCUUCUGAGACUCUUUCCCCAGAAACAGGACAAUCAGUGUGUCUCCAACUUAAGUCUAGUGCUGGUCUCUGCAGGGUUUGUGGCUGUUUAGGCCCCAAAACAUGCUCCAGAUGCCACAAAGCGUAUUACUGCAGCAAGGAGCAUCAGAGCCUAGACCAGAAAUUGAGAUAUAAACAGGCUUGUACACAAUCAGAUCAUUUGGACCAUAUAAUUCCAGACCACGACUUCCUUUUUCGAUUUGCAAUUGUAAUAGAAGCAAAAGAUGAGAUUACACCUGAAGGUGUGGAAAAGGAAGAUUACUCGGAGAUUAUAGGGAGCAUGGGUGAUGCACUUGAGGAAGAACUGGAUUCCACGGCAAAACAUGAAUCCAGGGAAGAUAACAUUUUUCAGAAGUUCAAAACUCAGAUAGCCUUUGAACCGGAACAGAUUCUCAGCUAUGGCAGAGGUAUUGCCCCCAUCUGGAUUUCAGGUGAAAAUAUUCCUCAAGAAAAGGAUAUUCCAGAGAAUAUCCUUUGUGAUGCCAAGAGAAUGUUUGAAUUCCAGGUUAUGCCUCAGCUCCUAAACUACCUGAAGGCUGGCAGACUGGGCAAGAGCAUUGACUGGGGCAUCCUGGCUGUCUUCACCUGGGCUGAGAGCUGCAGCUUGGGUACUGGCUCUACAGAAUAAUUUGUGUGGAAGCAGGA